AUGGCCCUCCGCCCUUCCCGGCGCUCCGCCCCGCGCGGCCUUUCCGCCCGCCUCGUCCCCGUCCUCCUGCUCCUCCGCCUCUCCCACGCCGUUACCGCCGCCGCGGAGCCUUCGGGGAGCUCCGCUGCAACGGACGACGGCGCCUCGUCGAUUCGCAUCAAAGUUCUUCCGUCGCUGCUUCGCGUCGCGAAUUCCCUCGCGAAUCCUGGCGACCCUGCUGCGACGACUGCGGCCGUUGCUACUGGUGGCGGCGAUGUAGCGGCGACCGCGUCCCCCGCCGCGCCUGCUAACAAACACCCACAAGCGACGACCGCCCACUCCCCAUUCGGCAUUCCGCGAAGAUCUGGCUUCCGCGCUACGCGCGCGGCGGCUUCCGCCACUCCCGCUGCCGCCGCCGCCACCGACGCCGCCGCCGCCGCCGCGAGCAAAAUGGCCGCCGUCCAGCCGCAAUGGCGCAAAGGCCCGAUUCGGUACUUUGGCGGUCCGGUUGUGGCGGCGGAGACUCUCGACGUGUACUUAAUCUACUACGGCUCCUGGCCGGCGGGUAGCGGGCAAGAAAUUUUUGAAAAUUUUGUGCGGUCGUUAAGUAGCACCACGGAGCAGGGCGGGCGCAGAGGCGGCGGCGGCGGCGUGGCGACCGUGAAGCAAUGGUGGGAGAUUUCGGCGGGGUAUUAUAUGGCGGCGGACGGGAGCAGUCGAUACGUUAGCUCGAAGGUGCGGCUGGCGGGAGUGGCCUACGACGACUACUCGCAGGGGCGCACGGGGCUCUCAGAAGGCUUCGUCGCCGCCUCCGUCAAGAGCGUGUUGACAGCAGGCCAGCUCCCCUUCGACAGCAGCGCCAUCUACAUGCUGAUAAGCAGCAAGGACGUGCGCGUGUCGGGCUUCUGCACGGACUACUGUGGCUGGCACUCCCUGGCGACGCACAACGGCGCCAGCCUUGUCUACGGCUUCCUGGGCCACCACGGGGCAUGCCCGAACGGGUGCAUGACGCAGAAAGGCACCUCUCCCAACGACAACCCCGGGGUUGACGCAACAGUCUCCACUCUCGCGCACGAGAUUGCCGAAGCUGCCACCGACCCUGACCUCCGAACCGGCUGGCUAGCUCCGUCGGGCGACGAGAAUGCAGACCUGUGCUCGUGGCAAUACGGCAACUCCAACCCUCUCACCGGGAAAGCCGUGGUGAAAUUCGCCGCGGGAACAAGCGGUAACCAGUACCGUUACAACCUAGUGGGAGCGGGAGGGAUGCGGUUUCUAGUCCAGAUGAACUGGGAUAGAACAAAGCAGAAGUGCGUGAUCAGGGUUGGCGGUGGCGAGGGGGGAGGAGGCGGCAUGUGUGGGGUGCUUCCUGGAGGGCUGAAGGAGCAGCUAUGUAGAACGAUCGGGAGUUGCUGUUAG